AUGCUCCUCGCCGCGACGGCGGCGGAGUCCCAGGACGCCUCGUCGGCGCUCCCGGCGGAUGCGGGACCCGCCAAGCUGGACAAGAAUCUGCGACGAGCCCUUCUGAAGGCUCUGGCUGACCUCGAGGCGGAGUCCGCCGAGCAGAAACGCAACGUCGAGAGCGAGGAAACGGUCGACGUCUUUCCGGACGCGACGACGCGCGAAACGAUCACGACUCUCUCGGAGACGUCCGAGACGCGUCCGUCCGAAAACGCGGGCAACGUUCCGAAGAAGACGACGUUCUCGACGUUCUCGUUCGACGGGUUCCCCGGGGACGAGGAGAUCCCGAGCGAGGACAAGUUGCAGAACUCGACGUACGUCCAACUUAUCGAGGAUGUCUCGUCCGGUCUUCUGGGAAGAGUGAACGUCAUCGACCAGGAUUCGAGAUCCGGGCGGACCCGUGAAGAGACGAAUCCCGACGAGGUCAGGGUCCCUCAACCCGAGAAGGCGGACCGGGUCGAGGCGGAGAACUCAAAGGGACCCGCCGCCGAUAAAGCGGGAAUCGAGGCUGCGGAGACUCUUGUGAAAAGUGCCAGCAGCAACGCGAUCGUCUCGGCCGAUUCCUUGGCGGCUCCCAAACCGACCGCCUCGAGCCUUCCAGCCGACCCGGACGUGGACGCCUCGGCGGUCUCCGGGGCCAAAGGGGGCCAGGAGGUGAAGAUCUUCCAGGCGCCUCUGGUAGCGGCCUUCACGGUCCAGCAGGACGAGCGCGGGAUCCCAAAAAGCGUGGUACCCAUCUAUCGGCAGACCGGGGACGGCCAGGCGCUGACGCUGCAGGAGCAACUGGAGUUCAAGCAGCGUUUGCUGGAAAAACAGCUGAAUGAGUUGCAGCGUCAGCAGCUGGAACAGACGAGGUUCCUCGUCGACCAGCAACGGCUCUACGAGGAGCAGGUCCGGAGGAAGCAGCAGCAGCGGCUAUAUCUGGAGGAACAGGCGAGGCUGAAGCAGCUGGAGGAGCGAAGAACGUUCCAGCAGAAGCAGCAACAGUCGAAGCAGUAUUCGCAACAGCAGUUUGGAUUCGAUCGGACCGGGGCCCUGACGCAGUUUCCGUCGACUUUCGAGUCGGCCAACGUCCACGUCCAGCCGAGUCUGGCCCUGCAAGUUCCCGACUCCGCGGUCCCGGCUCAAUUCCGGUUCGACUAUCGGGAUCAACUGCGCCAGCAGCAACUCCAAAGGCAGCAGCUCCUGCAGCGACAGCAGCAGCAACAGCAACAGCAGCAGCAACAGCAGCAGCAACAGCAUCAACAGCAGCAGCUGCACCAUCAGCGACAUGGAUUGCAGCAGAGCUUCGCGCCCUUUCCCGCGGACUUCCAGCUUUCAGGGGCCUCACCCUCCAGGUUCAAUCGGCAGGAAGCCUUUGGGACGGUCGGGAAUUUCGGAUUCAACGACAACCUCGACGAGUACUCCUCGAAGAAUCGCUUCCACGGCGGAAUCGACCCUCGGCCGGAGAACCAGCAGGGUUUCUCUUACCAGCAAUUUUCGCGGUUCGGCCAGACCAGGCCGGCGACGCCUUCGCAAACCCCGGCCAAGCAAAUACAGCAACUUCUCUUUCAGUCCGGUAUCGCCAACGAUUUGGGCCGCGUGCACGGCUCCGGAGGACACGAGGACCUCAACAUCCUUUCCAAGGUCCUCGCCUUGAACGUCGGGGCGAUUUCUGACAACGGCAUAUCCUCGGCUCAGCGGAACAACCUCCCGAAGAGUCCUGGAAGCGCGUGA